AUGUCGUGUGUUAUAUCCACGCCAGUGAAGAAAGGCUGGAAACCCGGCCCGGCUUCUGAGAUCGAGCCAGGACUGUUUGUUGCCGAUGUGCUGAAUACCUACGAGGAGAGCUUUCUCAAGGACAACCAUAUUUAUGGGGUUGUCUCGCUUGUUGGGAACCCUUGCGCCCUAUGGCAAUGGGGGAGGUUCAAACGACAUGUCGACCACCACCUCUACAUCCGAUGUGACGACUCUUUGACACAGGAUCUACUUAAGCAAAUGAACUUCUUUUGCGAUUUUCUUGAUGAAGUGUAUGCGGCCCCUCGAAAGUCAACGAGGAGGCCGGUGGAUAUUGACUACAAGGGCAACUUUGCUUCAUCAUGGCUGCCGCAGUUUGCCUCAAAAGGCGACCACACUACCGAUGUGAACCUUCAGCUCCUGAAUCGCAAAUUUGAAAGAGAUCUACCCGAUGACAACAGUCAGGCCUCUACUUCAGACAACCCCAGCACCAAUGUGAUCCUUGUGCACUGUGAUCGAGGAAUCUCCCGAGGUUCUACGAUGACAAUCGCCUACCUCAUGCGCAAGUACGGAAAAAGCCGUGAUGUCGUGCUGGCAGACGUUAAAGCCAGACGAAAGAUCAGGCCGAACAGCAACUUUAUGGACCAGUUGGAGGUUUGGGAGCAAGUUGGAUAUCAGCCAUGGGAGGACGAAGCGAAGAUGAUACCCAAGGCCCCCUACAAGGCGUAUCUUGAGAGGAGAGCAGUGCGAUUGAAGGAGAAAGGUCUAACAGGGGAUGAGCCACCGGUCGCUGCCAUGGCCUCUUCACUCAGACUAGGGAGCGCUGCUCUCCGAACCUCCUCCCUUGCCUCCAAGCCGGCUGUCCAGGCCGCUGGUUACAACGCUCUCCGCCAGUACUCCAGCGCUAAAGCACCAUCUCUCAAAGAAACCUUCGCCGCGCAGAUUCCAGAGAAAAUAGAGCAGAUCAAGAAGCUCCGAAAAGAUCAUGGAGACUUCCCUCUCGGCACCGUUACGCUAGACCAGGUCUACGGUGGUGCUCGUGGAAUCAAGUCCCUUGUCUGGGAGGGAUCUAUCCUCGACUCUGAGGAGGGUAUCCGCUUCCGUGGAAAGACCAUCCCUGAGUGCCAGAAGCUCCUCCCCAAGGCCCCCGGUGGCUCGGAGCCACUCCCAGAAGGUCUCUUCUGGCUCUUGCUUACCGGCGAGGUCCCAACCGAACAACAAGUCCGCGAGCUCUCCGCCGAAUGGGCUGCCCGUUCCGAUGUCCCCAAGUUCAUUGAGGAGCUCAUCGACCGCUGCCCACCUGACCUCCACCCAAUGGCCCAGUUCUCCCUCGCUGUCACUGCCCUUGAGCACGAGUCCGCCUUUGCCAAGGCCUAUGCUAAGGGUAUCAACAAGAAGGACUACUGGCAGUACACCUUCGAGGACUCGAUGGACCUGAUCGCCAAGUUGCCCACCAUCGCUGCCCGUAUCUACCGCAACGUCUUCAAGGACGGCAAGGUUGCUCCCGUCCAGAAGGACAAGGAUUACGGUUUCAACUUGGCCAACCAGCUCGGAUACGGUGACAACGCCGACUUCGUUGAGCUGAUGCGUCUCUACCUUACCAUCCACUCUGACCACGAGGGUGGUAAUGUCAGUGCUCACACGACCCACUUGGUUGGUUCCGCCCUGAGCUCUCCUAUGCUCUCUCUCUCCGCCGGUCUCAACGGUCUCGCAGGCCCACUCCACGGAUUGGCCAACCAGGAAGUCCUGAACUGGCUUCAGAAGAUGCAGAAGGUCAUUGGUAACGACUUGAGCGACAAGGCCAUCAAGGACUACCUCUGGUCCACCCUCAACGCUGGCCAGGUCGUUCCCGGAUACGGCCAUGCCGUUCUCCGCAAGACCGAUCCCCGUUACGUGUCUCAGCGUGAAUUCGCCCUCCGUCACCUCCCCGACGACCCUCUCUUCAAGCUCGUCAGCCAGGUCUACAAGAUCGCUCCUGGCGUCCUUACCGAGCACGGCAAGACCAAGAACCCUUACCCCAACGUCGAUGCUCACUCUGGUGUCCUCCUCCAGUACUACGGCCUGACCGAGGCCAGCUACUACACCGUCCUCUUCGGUGUCUCCCGCGCUCUCGGUGUCCUCCCCCAGCUGAUCAUCGACCGUGCCGUCGGCGCCCCCAUCGAGAGACCAAAGAGUUUCAGCACCGAGGCCUACGCUAAGCUCGCCGGAGCCAAGUUGUAA